AUGGCAGAGUACACGGAUGAGCUCUCCAGGGACUCUGGCAGUCUGGAGGAAGAAGAGAAGACGUCUUUUCUUCCUCAGCGGACUCAUGCCAGUAUAUCGAAGGUGAACCAGAGACCGGCAUGGCUAUGGCCGGUAGUAUGCGUCAACAUUUUGGUGCUGCUUUGCUCCUUGGCCACAUUAUUCGUGACUGUGUCCCUUCGCUCUCGACCAGCCUUGGGGUCUGAGAGAAACGCUCUGUUAAAACAAACCUCGGCCUACUCCCCCCUACUCGACGAAUUCGACAUCCCUCUCAAACAUGUCCGCAGUAAGAUUGAUUUCUUCGACAACUCCUCAAUCUUCAGCCAGCUUCCUAGCCCAGAGGUUGACGCCGCAUGGGGGACACUCACCCCGAUGAAGCGUGUCUACCUGACCACCGAGCAGGUAAUCAAACUGGGCAAAGAUCCGUCCCUGACAGUGCGCGACAAGAUCCAUCCCGACCUUCACAUUGGGAUCAUGAACGGAAUGCACGAGAUACACUGCCUGAAUCUCAUUCGACAGAACCUCCAUCGUGACUACUACUGGCCAGAGGGUAUCAGACACCCUGCUCACUGGCUGCAUCUCUAUCACUGCGUCAACGUAGUCUUGAACGCACUGACCUGCGCCGGAAACAUGGACGUGGUCACCUUCAAUUGGAUGGAAACCCAGGAGUUUCCUUUUUUCGAUUUCGGCAUCAACCGAGUCUGUCGGGACUGGGAUCGGAUUUUGGAAUGGCAGACGAAUAACCUCGAGACGGCGACCGCGGAUUCUUUCCGAAUGGGAGGGGAGAGAGAAAUCCCUGCCCCUGAUUUAUUAAAGGCUAUGAAUGCGCAGGACUCUGACGCUCGUGAAUAUACGCAUGAUGAUCCGGCAUUGACGGGGAACAUUGGAUUGUAGGGGUUGAUUUCAUAGAUUCAUGUGUCACACGGUAGUGUUUGG